AUGAAUCCCUGCUCCCCCUUACACCAAACCCGAACAGAACAAACCGAACCACUAUCAAGACAAUCUCAAUCGCUCGUUCCAAAAUCAGUUUGGAGGCGUUUUAUGAAGCCCGAGAUGAAGGAGGAGGACAACAUUCAACGAUUAUACAGAGAGAAAGCCGAACAAGGGCAGACGGGAAAGCAGAAGGAUGAAGAAGAGAAGAUGAUGGGCAGGCUUUUACGGCACUAUAACAAGAAAAACGGAUCAUCCUCAGUAGCAGCAGACGAGAAGGGCAAAUCAGUAAAACCGCACAGUACAAACAGGGUGGAUUCUAAGAAACACAGCCGGACUUUCUCGUUGGAUAACAAUAAUGCACCGGACUAUGACGACUUUGUGGCUAGGCUUGCUGAACUGAGAAAGAACAGAGGAAAUUGA